UUUUAGCAUCCACUGCGUGUUGGUAAUACUAUUUCGUUGGCCACAGAUUUUUUCCCUUGCUGAAUUCUCUGUUCUUUUUCUGUCUAACGCAUUUUGUUACUAUCUUAAUUUACCAAUCUCUAAGAAGAAAACUAUGGUUUGGUUCAUAUGAUGUGAAAUGUGGACACCUAGUUUUGUUCUUGAUUGACUCUCAUAAGCAAAUACUAGUUUAAACAACAAGAGACAGAAUAUGGGAAAAGCUUGGUAAAAGUAGUACCUUUUCUCCCUCAAAAAUCGAAUGUUAUUGGUCCAUCUGGCAUCCACUAAUCCAAUCAUCUUCGGUCAAAAUAGCACUUGCCUGGUUUAUUUUGGAAUUAGAGAUGACAAGGCUAAUUUUUCUUGUUAUCUAAGCUAAGAAGGCUUUCUAUUCUUUCAUUUCAUAAAACCACUGAUGCAGAUGAUGGAAUUCCAACCACAUACCACCACCACCCUCUGUAAAAUUUCACUUUCUCCAAAUCUCUGCAAUUUACAUUGUAUACGAACCUCAUGUCUGCCACUUUCAGAACCCUUCCCAUCUGUGAGUCAGUUGUCUCACUUUUCUUUCUUCUGCUGUAUUUCCUUUCUGUCCCUCUUUUGUUUUUUGUUCAAACAAAGAAAAACUGUCUUUUCCUUUCUUCUCUUCAUCUUUUUCCAGCAGCUUAGUUCUGUUGCAAUUGGCAUCUUAUUAAACCUUUACAAAAGAAGUUGACUAAAACCCGUGUCUCCAAAGUUUUGCUAUUUAUACUGCUCUCCAAGGCCUUGACCCAUGAAAGUUUUUACAGCCUACUCUACUGUAGCAGCAGUAGGUUUUAACAAAUUGAGCCAUCAUGAUGUCAUUUUCCUGUGCAAAAGCCUUCUUACGUCGGUUCUGUAACGACGGUUUUCAAAUGGAAAGCAAUAGUCACAGCUUCUUCUCUACUGAUCUCUUGCCAUCACUUGGAGCAAGGAUAAACCAGACAACCAAGCUAAGGCAGUAUAUUGUCUCUCCUUUCAGUCCUCGUUACAGGGCUUGGGAGAUGUUUCUCAUAUUUCUGGUUGUGUACUCAUCCUGGAUAAGCCCAUGUCAAUUUGCAUUUCUGACAUAUAAGCAAGGCACGCUAUUCAUCAUUGACAACAUUGUCAAUGGUUUCUUUGCCAUUGAUAUCUUUCUCACCUUCUUUGUUGCAUACCUGGACCGCCGAUCAUAUCUUCUGAUCGAUGAUCCAAAGAAAAUUGCAACAAGGUACAUAUCGACCUGGUUUAUUUUCGACUUCUGCUCAACAGCUCCAUUUCAACCUCUCAGCCUUCUCUUCACCGAACACAGCAGUGGCCUAGGUUUUAAAGCGCUUAAUAUGCUCCGACUGUGGCGUCUCAGACGGGUCAGCUCCUUGUUUGCAAGAGUCGAGAAGGACAUUCGGUUCAACUAUUUCUGGACGCGCUGCACAAAGCUUAUCUCAGUGACUCUUUUUGCAGUGCAUUGUGGUGGAUGCUUUAACUAUCUGAUAGCAGACAGAUACCCAGAUCCAAGGAAAACUUGGAUAGGUGCUGUUAUGCCAAACUUCAAAGAAGAGAGUCUUUGGAACAGAUAUGUAACUGCAAUAUAUUGGUCCAUUACAACACUAACUACAACAGGUUAUGGGGACUUGCAUGCUGAAAACCCUAGAGAGAUGUUGUUUGAUAUUGUCUACAUGUUUUUCAACUUGGGAUUAACAGCUUACCUCAUUGGAAACAUGACAAACCUUGUUGUUCACGGAACGAGCCGGACCAGAAAUUUUAGAGAUAUGAUCCAAGCUGCUUCUGAAUUUUCUGCGCGGAAUCAGCUGCCGCCACAAAUACGUGACCAAAUGCUGUCGCACAUAUGCCUCAAGUUCAAAACAGAAGACUUAAAACAGAACGAAACAUUGAAUGGACUACCAAGAGCCAUUCGGUCAGCUAUUGCCCAGAACCUCUUCUUACCUAUUGUUCAAAAGGUUGAUCUUUUCCAAGGGGUUUCCAGCGAUUUCCUUUUACAACUGGUCUCAGAAGUGGAAGCCGAGUAUUUUCCACCAAAGGAAGAUGUGAUUCUGCAGAAUGAGACUCCAACAAAUAUGUAUAUACUAGUUUCAGGCGCUGUGGUAAGAGAACCUAAAUUUUCCCUAUACAGAAUUUAUAGCAUCUACCAAUGGUUGUGCCAAGGUUCAUGGAAGAGCAGUCGCAGGAGAUAUUUUCGGGGAAAUUGGGAUAUAAAGAAUACACAUAAUGAUAUAAAGAAUUGAGUAAGAACAUAAAAUGAACUCCAGCAAAGAUUUGCUAGCGCCAACCAAAGCAAUGAUAAAAUGAACUGGAAGACUAGUUUUGGCAAUUGCAGCAAGAUUGCAACAGAAUCUAAAUCAGGCAGCGUUGGAAAAACCGUAGCGCACAAUAGCAGAAGAGUUACGAUUCAUUUUACUAUUGGAAAGCACAAUACAUCAGAAAAUCAAUUCGGGAAGUUGAUAAACUUGCGUGCUACGCUAGAGGAGCUAUUGUCAAUUGCUGGUCAAAAGUUUCCAGGCUACCAUCCUGUAAAAGUCGUCAACAGAGAAAAUGCUGAAAUAGAUGAUAUAAGCGUAAUUCGAGAUGGGGAUCAUCUAUUCCUGCUUCAGAAGUAAUACCUAAAUCUGAUAAACUAUGCCAGCGAGGUUAGAAUGUAAAAAAGAAGAAAUUAGUGUGAGGCAACGAGUACCAAAAAAGUAAUCAAAAUUGCAAUAUCAUUAAAAAAAGUUACCGAGUUACAUUUGCUUGCAUAUAUUCACGUUUUACCUAUGAAAAUGCAAACAUUGAGUAUUAACGAAGUC